AUGAAAUUCACUCUCUUUACGCUUGCAACUUGCAUGCUUAUUUCGGCUCAAGCUGCUUCAGUGACAUUCAAUGUGGUAUCUCCCAAUGCUAAACAGGUCCAGGUCAAGGUCAAUGGUGUGACGACGACACUCAAAGCGCCUAUUCCCAAUGUCCCCUUCUUCAAUGGCACCGUCAAUGUUGGCUCUGCGUCUACCUACUCGUAUGUCUCGGAUAGCAAGGUGGAAAGCUUUGAUCGUAAUCUACCAAAGAAUCGCAGCUCGACAUUCAAUGAUUUCUAUGCCCGUCCUAUCACUGUUGCAGAUAUCCCUGUUCUCCCUCGUCCCUUGGAUAACGGCAAGGAGUGGACUCGUGCAUAUCAAGAUCCAGAUCUUUUUGAUACCAACUAUAUUCCCAGCAUCUUUGUUACAGGCGACAGUCAAGAUAUGAACACACUGAUCAAAGAUACACCCAAGGAUCGGUACACUGUAGAUCUUGCUAUUGUGGCCAGAGACUAUGUUCAGACCUUUACCAAUGUUUCACUCAGUAUCUCUGGCGCUGGCAAGAAGAACAAUCCCGCCAAACAAUCUUGGAGAUGGACUCUUUCACCAGGUGAUUACAUCAAUGAACGUAACAAUUUCAAGAUUCGCCAUAUGGAAGAGGAUCCCACUCAAAUGCGUGAAAAGCUGUAUGCGGAUUGUCUUCGCGCUAUGGGUACUUAUGCCAAUCAAGCGAAUAUGGUGCGUUACUUUAUCAAUGGCCGUGGGUUUGGUACAUUCAACAUGCUGGACGACGUCAAGGAUUACUCCUACAUUCGCUCUGUCUUUUACAAUGGCAACCCUCCCAAGCAAAUGGGUCCUUUGUUUGAUGGUUCUACUGGUGCUGGUUUCCAAUACAUUGAAGACCCCUAUGGUUACGGAAGCUUCAAGCCCACUGUCGGUUCUCCUGAAGGAUCAGAAGCUAUUUAUCCAUUGGCCAAGGCUUUCCAUCAACUCGAUGUCAAGAACGACGAUGAUAUCAAGGACUUUGAAGAGAUGUUUGAUGUGGAUCAAUUCCUGCGUUUCAUGGUGAUGGAGUAUCUGGGUGGUAGUUGGGAUGGUUAUUGGGCAAUGCAAACCAAUGACGGUGCUUACAAGGACUAUGCAAACAACAACACAUGGUAUUAUCUCGGUCAAGACUACGACGGUACCUUUGGUGUCAACUUGCCCGUAGAUCCUCUCAACUGGACGUAUCAAAAGUACAUUGCCAACUACACGGGUGCUGUCUUGAUCAAUGGUUUUUUGCAAAAUCAAAAGCUGGCCGAUACAUUUGAAGGUUAUAUUCAAGAUACCGUCAAGCAACUGUUCAACAAUGAUACCCUUGGUAAACAUAUUAUGGCUUACCGUGAAUUUAUUGCUCCUGAUAUCAAGUGGGAUCGUUCCAUCAAGCAAUUGUCACCUGGCAUCAACUAUGGCUGGAAUUAUGACCAAUCUUAUGACAAUCUGUUUGAGGGAGUUGAUGCGCCUAAUCACAAUGGCGGUGGUGCUGAAUAUGGCCUUACUGAAUGGAUUGCAAAGAAGUCCAAAGUAGUUGCUAAGACUUUCAAGUUUUCUUUGUAA